AUGACCUCAUUCAACCAAUCCUCCGGGCAGGAGUUCCCCGGGGCGCAGGAGUUUCGUGCGACGGUGGAAGAUGACGGACUCGACGCUGACUAUAGCAUGGUCGGCGACUACCCAGAGGGACCCGACUAUUACGCCUUGCUGGGUCUUGCACGCAAUCCUCCCCCGACAGACGCCGAGAUCCGAUCCGCCUACCGCAACCUGACCCUUAGCUUCCACCCCGAUAAGCAGCCGCCGCAUCUCCGCCAUGCCGCGGAGAGCCAGUUCAGACAUAUCCAAGAGGCAUAUGAGACCCUCAUUGAUCCAAAUAAGCGCAUUGUAUAUGAUAUAUCUGGUGCGGCGGGUGUGCGGCAGGAAUGGGGUCAGCUUGGGGCCAUGGGAAUUGGUGGGGAAGCACAACGACAGGAUGUUGGUGUCAAAGCGAUGUCGCCGGAUCAGUUCCGGCGCUGGUUCUUGAAGACGAUGAAGAAACGGGAGCGGAAAGCGGUCGAGAGUCUGGUUUCCAGCAAGGGUGGUAUUACCCUGGGCAUCAAUGCAUCGACAAUGGUUUCAGUUGACGAGGACGAAGAUGUGCAGUUCCAUAUACCUUCACCGAAAGUGUCCACAUAUGGUCUUUCGUAUAAUUUCAAGACGCCGGUGUCAUUACCGCAGCUUUGGGGUACGACUGAGAACGAAGCAGAAAACUCGGGCGAGGAAAAAGAUUCAGGAGAAGAUGUGCAAGAAGAGGAACCAGAGGACAUGCAGUUGACUUUCAAUGCGGGUAUAACUGGAGGUUUGGCUCGCCCGGUCAAGAAAAUCGCAGUCGAGUACGAGGAUGGGACGGAAGGAGAAGAAAAGGUAGGAUGUACUGCAAGUUUGCAUCUCGAAAUCUCGUUAACCAUUUUGCAGUUCCAAAUGCCACCCAUCCUGGCAGCUCAGAACUUCCAAUUUGGGGCCACUGUGACUCCCAAUUUUAAAAACCUGGUCGGCACCAAGGGAAUCUGGGCUAAACAUCCUUUCUCGCUCCUCAAAGAUUCCCAAGUCACCCUCAGUGCCCUUCUUCUCCCCGUCCCAACCCUGAAAGCGAACAUUGCUCGAGCUUUCCAGCCAAUCCCCGGCACCAAGCCAUUCCAGGUCAGCGCGACCAGUAUACACACGCGGUCCCUGGAUGAAACGCUACCUUCUUUCGAGGUUCAAGUUUCGAGGGAAAUUGCCAAGAGGAAGAUUGGCGUCAUUACAUGGUCCAGUGGCGUUGUUAACUGGCCCGAAUUCUUUCUCAACUGGUUACCAACACUUGGAAUGAGUGCCCAGAGUGCCAUUGCAUCUGCCAACGAGGUCAGUAAUCUGCAAAUUGGCCUAAUCUCGCUCCCCAACCAGGGCCAAGCCGCAAUCGAUUUCGACGAUGACGAUGAGGAAGAGUCUGGAGAAAUGGAAGAGGACGUCCGUCAUCUUCUCAAGAAAAAACGCCAAAUUGACCAAUCUGCCGAGUCGUGGCAGACAUAUCUGCAGGCCACUCCUGCCGGAGGAGCUUUCGUUCUGAAUUAUUCCCGCAACCUCUUCUCUGGAAAACCUGCCGAUGAUCCCGUCAAGACUGAAUGGAGCUCUGAAGGAUACUUCCCGAUGCCGAGCAUGGAUCAGGCGCGUGCUGUGCGACUCGAGAUCUCAAGCGUUGUUGGGUUAGACAUGUCUCUUAAUUGGACCAUCAAGGGUGUUCGUCGCGUUGGCGAGUACACGCGUGUUGGUCUCGGCGUUGGCAUCGCGGACAAGGGUAUCAUGAUGACAGUUUCAUGGAGUCGACUUGGCCAACAAAUUAACAUUCCGAUCAAUGUUUGCCCGGCUAAUGAGUCGACAAGCGGCGCUGCAGCGCUAACUGCUAUAUUCCCUUGGCUGGCCUACUGUGCGAUUGAAUUCGGUUAUAUUCGCCCGCGCGAUAGGAAACUCCGUCGACAGGCAGCUGCUCGACGCCACCGUGAGCUCACGAAAUUGAUCCCUAAGAAACGCGAAGAGAGUCUCCAGGCCAUCGAGCUCAUGACGGAUCAAGUGCAAAGGCGGCAAGCCCGAGAGGAAGCACAAGAAGGUCUGGUCAUCUUGAAGGCCGAGUAUGGUUAUAUACCGCCAGUAAACAAGAAACCCAAACAUGGGUUCGCGGAGCCGAGGGUGAUUGAUGUCACUAUCCCUGUGGCUGCGCUAGUUAACCGGGGUCAAUUGGUGAUUCCCGGCAAGACUAUCAAGUUCCAAAUCUUGGGAUUCCAUGAUCCUGCGCCUUUGCUACCCAAACGAUUGAAGAUCUGGUAUAGAUUCCAGGGGCGCGAUCAUUUCGUCGAGGCAGGCGAUAAAGAGGACAUUGCAUGCCCCAUGCGUACCCACUUCAUAUCCAAUGAGUGA